GAAGAUCAGGGGGUUUACCACAGCAGGGUCCGGGACAUGAUCAGUGACAACCAGUAUCGCCUCCUCGUCAGCAUCAACGACCUGCGGCGGAAGAACGAGAAGAGGGCCAGCAGGCUCUUGAGCAAUGCCUUUGAGGAGCUGACUGCCUUCCAACGUGCCCUGAAGGAUUUUGUAGCCUCUGUUGAUGCCACCUACGCCAAGCAGUACAAGGACUUCUACAUCGGGCUGGAGGGCAGCUUUGGCUCCAAGCACGUGUCCCCACGGACCCUGACGGCCUGUUUCCUCAGCUGCAUUGUCUGCGUGGAGGGCAUCGUCACCAAAUGCUCCCUGGUUCGCCCGAAGAUCGUCCGCAGUGUCCACUAUUGCCCGGCCACCAAGAAGAUGAUUGAGCGCCGCUACACGGACCUGACCUCCCUGGAUGCCUUCCCAUCCAGCUCCAUCUACCCCACAAAGGAUGAAGAGAACAACCCUCUGGAGACAGAGUUCGGCCUCUCAGUCUACAAGGACCAUCAGACCAUCACCAUCCAGGAGAUGCCUGAGAAGGCACCAGCAGGGCAGCUGCCACGCUCGGUGGAUGUCAUUCUGGAUGAUGACCUGGUGGACAAGGUGAAGCCUGGGGACCGCGUCCAGGUGGUGGGGACAUACCGCUGCCUGCCAGGGAAGAAGGGGGGUUACACUUCAGGGACCUUCAGGACUAUCCUCAUUGCCUGCCACGUGAAGCAGAUGAGCAAGGACGUCCGGCCUCUCUACUCUGCCUCUGAUGUGGCCAAGAUCAAGAGAUUCAGCAAGAGUCGCUCCAAGGACAUCUUUGACCAGCUGGCGAGAUCCCUGGCUCCCAGCAUCCACGGGCACGAGUACAUCAAGAAGGCCAUUCUCUGCAUGCUGCUGGGAGGGGUGGAAAAGGUCCUGGAGAACGGGAGCCGCAUCCGAGGAGACAUCAACAUCUUGCUGAUAGGAGACCCUUCUGUGGCCAAGUCCCAGCUGCUGCGCUACGUGCUCAGCACUGCUCCCCGUGCCAUCCCCACCACGGGCAGAGGCUCCUCUGGCGUGGGCCUGACUGCUGCUGUCACCACGGAUCAGGAGACAGGGGAGCGGCGCCUGGAGGCAGGAGCCAUGGUGCUGGCCGACAGGGGGGUGGUGUGCAUCGAUGAGUUUGACAAGAUGUCCGACCUGGACCGCACGGCCAUCCACGAGGUGAUGGAGCAGGGCCGGGUGACCAUCGCCAAGGCCGGCAUCCACGCCCGCCUCAACUCCCGCUGCAGCGUCCUGGCGGCUGCCAACCCCGUCUACGGCCGGUAUGACCAGUACAAGACGCCCAUGGAGAACAUUGGCCUGCAGGACUCCUUGCUGUCCCGCUUCGACCUGCUCUUCAUCGUGCUGGACCAGAUGGACCCUGAGCAGGACAGGGAGAUCUCUGACCACGUCCUGCGGAUGCACCGCUACCGCAACCCCAACGAGCAGGACGGGGAUGCCAUGCCCUUGGGCAGUGCUGUGGAGAUCCUGGCCACAGAGGACCCCGACUUCAUGCAAGAGGAGGAACAGGAGCUCCAAGUGUAUGAGAAACAUGACGACCUCCUGCACGGGCCCAACCGCCGCAGGGAGAAGGUGGUCAGCAUGGAGUUCAUGAAGAAGUACAUCCACGUGGCCAAGAUGAUUAAGCCUGUCCUGACCCAGGAGUCGGCGAGCUACAUAGCAGAGGAGUACUCCCGCCUGAGGAGCCAGAGCCAGCUCAACUCUGACAUCGCCAGGACCUCCCCCGUCACGGCCCGCACCCUGGAGACCCUGAUCCGCCUCUCCACGGCCCACGCCAAGGCCAGGAUGAACAAGACUGUGGAUCUGCAGGAUGCUGAGGCAGCCCUGGAGCUGGUGCAGUUUGCCUACUUCAAGAAGGUGCUGGAGAAGGAGAAGAAGCGCAGAAAGCAAAGGGAGGAUGACUCUGAGACCGAGAAGGAGGAGGAGGAAGAUUCUCAGCAGAAGGAGGAGCAGAGGAUGAGGAGGAGGAAGAGGGCACGCACAGGAGGCCAGGGGGACUCCUACGACCCCUACGACUUCAGCGACGCCGAGGAGGAGAUGCCAGAGGUCCAGGCACACACCCCCAAGACACCAGAGUCCUCAGGUGCUGGCGAAGCAAAGAAGCUGGAGCUGGCUGAGCCCAGGUUGAAAGCAUUCAAAGCUGCCCUCCUGGAGGUCUUCAAAACUUCCCACGCCCAGUCUGUGGCCCUGAAGAAAGUGAUGGAGUCCAUCAACCAGGACAACCCUGAGCCCUUCUCACUGGCUGAAGUGAAGGUGGCACUGACCCACAUGCAAGAUGACAACCAGAUCAUGGUGUCUGAUGACAUUGUCUUCUUAAUCUGA